AUGAGAUUACCUGCAGCGUUAAUGCGUCCUUUGCUACGUGCCUUCUCUAUAGCAUCCAAACAUCACGUCGACAUGGUCGAUUCCAGUCUGCAACCUGUGAUAGUGCUUUCGGAAAACAACCGUAAGGCUUGCAUCGAGAAAUUCAAGUCCAUUCAAGUACCAAAAGUGCGUAGGAAAGUACCAGAAGCAGCCGUUUUAGUUCCGUUAUGUCUGUAUAAGGGAGAACUCGGUUUCUUAUACACGCUGCGCUCCAUGAAGAUGACAUCGAAUCGAGGACAGGUAUCCUUCCCAGGUGGCAUGCGCGACGAGGAAGACGUCGAUCUGCAGGAAACCGCGUUGCGCGAAACGUGGGAAGAGUUGAAGAUUCCCAAGGAGAAGAUCGACGUGUGGACCACGGGAAAUUUCAUCGGCAAAACCAACGUUAAUGUAAUGCCGGUAUUGGCCUAUAUCGGUGAGAUAGUGCCGGAGCAACUGGAGAUCAAUCCAGAUGAAGUAGAGGAGGCGUUUGUGGUCAGUCUACAGAAAUUAUGUGACCCUGAGCUAAUUCGUUUUACGAGUUUCCGCGAUCCAGUUGUGACUCUGCCGUGUUACCUGGGUGGGAAGUACCGCGUCUGGGGAUUUACCGGUGCUAUUACUCACAUGGUACUCGAAUGCUUGGUGCCACAUGUCUAUAAGUAUAAAUACUUUUCAGUACAACCGAUACGGAAGGAGGUGCAAACGAAAUCGGAUAAUUUCGAUUCUGACGCGACAGUUUCGAAGAUAUGAAGAGCAGAAUAGAGUAAAGGAAUUAGAAUACAGUAUUAAGAGCAAUAAAAUUUUUAUGAAUUCAAAUUUCAACGCUGACAGAUUUUCACGUUCAUACGCACCCAGAUAGCACAGAAAGUUCAAAAAGAACUCAAUUGUAUGUCACCAAUUAUGAAUUCUUUUUGAGAAUUAUUUUGCAAAAAGAAUUAUUUUUAUAAAAUUUUUAUAAAAAUGAUUUUUUUUUGCAUCUCAAAAAGAAUUCAUAAUUGAUGACAUACAAUUGAGUUCUCUUUGAACUCUCUGUGCUAUCUGGGCAAUGAUCAAAAUUAUCGGGGUCGCAAUGGAAUUAUAUUUAAAAAAAUAAUAUUUUUCUAUUAAUUGAAAUUUGAAUUCACUAAAAUUCUACAAAUUUUAAAUUCCAUAUAUGUAUAAAUUUUCGAAUAGUCACUUUAUAAAAAUUUUCUUUAGAAUUAAUUGUUCAACUCUAAUUCCGUAAGUUUGAACGGAAUAAAAUUUAGGGACGGAAUAAUAUAUAUUUGUUAUAAAAUUUAAGUAUUACAAAUUUUGUAGGGGACGCGGAAGUUAGAAUACCCUCUGGUUAAAGGGUAGAAUUUUUAAAAUGUUAAUUUUUUUAUAACGAUUGAUAACAAAUAAAUCUAUAAGAAAAAA